AUGACCAAGAAUCAGCCAAGAUAUAGUAAGAUUGCUAUUAUUGGUGGAGGCCCAUCAGGUUUAGCUGCUGCAAAAGCAUUAGCUUUAGAACCUUUUGAAUUUGAAACUAUAGAUUUACAUGAAAGAAGAGAUAAAUUAGGUGGAUUAUGGUAUCAUAAAGGAAAUAAAUCAUUAAUUCAUUCUCAAAUACCAAAUCUAAAUCCAAAUAAUCAUGAAAUUAUUGAUGAUGGAGCUACUAAACAAGAUAAAUUUUUUUCAGCAAUUUAUAAAUUUAUGGAAACUAAUAUUAUUCAUAGAUUAAUGCAAUAUAAUGAAGUACCUUUUCCUCCAAAAACUGCAAAUUAUCCUAAAAGACAAUUAGUAUUUGAUUAUCUUGAAAAUUAUAAUCAAUCAAUACCGAAUAAAAUUAAUGUAAGGUUGAAUUCAGAUAUUACAGAAUUGAAAAAAGUAGAUAAUGAAUGGCAUCUAGUUAGCAAUGAUAAAGUCAACAAAUAUGAUGCUAUAGUUCUAGCGAAUGGACAUUUUAAUACUCCAUUUAUACCUGAAGUAAAAGGUUUAACAAAUUGGAAUAUAAAUAAACCCAAAACAAUUUUACAUUCAAAAUAUUUUGAAGAUCCAAAUUCUUAUAGAGAUAAAACUGUUUUAAUAAUAGGUAAUUCAGCAAGUGGAGUUGAUAUAUCAACACAAAUUAGUACUGUUGCUAAAAAAGUUAUAGUUUCAGUUCGUGAUUUAUCUAAUUUAGAUUUUGAAAAUGAUUUAAUAAAAUAUAUUGGAUUAAUUGAAGAAUAUAAUUGGGAAAAUUCAUCAGUUGAAACAAAAGAUGAAAUUAUUGAAGGAAUUGAUUAUGUGAUAUUUUGUACUGGAUAUUUAUAUAGUUUCCCAUUCAUAAAAUCAGACUCAGUUAUUACUAAUGGACGUAUAGUUUAUAAUUUGUAUAAACAAAUUUUUAAUAUUUUUGAUCCAUCAAUUUCAUAUGUUGGAUUAGGUAAAAAUAUUGUUCCUAUGCCAUUAGGAGAAUCUCAAUCAGCUUUAAUUGCAAGAGUAUAUAGUGGAAGAUAUGAUUUACCAACUACUCAGGAAAUGAAAGAAUCAUAUGAACAAGAAUUAGACGAAAAGGGAGAAUCUAAAUUUCAUGUUUUUGGAUUUCCAAAAGAUUAUGAAUAUGGAAAACAUUUACAAGAAUUAAUUGAUUCUAGAGAUUUAAGACAUCCUGGAUUAGUAGCUCCAAUUUGGGAUGAACAACUUAUAGAAGAUAGACUGGAAAGUAAAGAAGCUAAAAAUAAAAGAUUACAAGAGUUGGUAAAACAUGUAAAAAAAUUGAGAUCUGAAGGAAAAGAUUUUGAAUUAUUAGACAAUUAG